UCAGGAAGUAAUUCCACUGUUAUCCUUCGCCUUUACAGCUCAAACUAUGUGCAUGUGACGCAGUGUUAUGCGUCUUAUUAUGGAUGUUACAACUCGAAAUUUCCCAGAUGUGCUCAAUAUUAUGGUAGUGUUUAGACUCUAUAAUCAAAGUUAAUAAAAGGUCAGGCUUUACGUGAAAGUGAGGGCAUACAUACUGUAACCCUCAUGUCUCCUCUGGCGGGCGCUGAGCUGGUCCGCACCCCGGUGCAGCUCUACCGCUAUCUGCUGCGCUGCUGCAAACUCCUGCCUUCAGCAGCCAUGCAAAAACACUACCAACACGCCAUCAGACAGAGCUAUAACAGUCAUGUGGAUGAGGAGGAUCCAGAAAGGAUUCAGAUGAUCAUUCAAAGAGCUAUAUCUGAUGCUGACUGGAUUUUAAAUAAAUAUACUAAAAAGAAGUGACCACUGUGGAGAAAUGUUCAUCAUGAAGCUGACUCAGAACUGCAAAGGUCAUGCACAGACUGCUGCUAAACACAUCAUAGUGAAACUGAAACCAGACCCACAGGUUAUAAACAAAUGCCAUAUAAACUCCAUCCAUGUAAACUUUAACAAGUAUAACAAAUAGCUGAGGUUUACUUGAAAAGCUUUUGUAAAAGCCUUUACGAGUAUCUGAUUAUGUUCUGACAUGUCAUAUACUUGCA